UAAAAAUGCUGUCGUUGUUGUUGCCGAUUUUAUUAUGAAAUGCAAUGUGAGAAAAAAAUAUGACAAAAAUUGAAUGAAGUCACUUGUGAAAAAAGAACAAGAGCACUAACAAAUCAUUUAAAAUUUAUUAAAAAAUUGACGAACACUGCGAGAAGAGUGGAAUAUUGUUCGUAAGCAAGGAGAGAAAAGUUGACAAGCAAAACAAAUUGACGUUUCAUUUUUAGAUUAGAUUAUGCCAAUAUUCAGAGUUUAUAAAUUCUAAAUAAAGAGAACUAACUUAAUCACCUCAUGUAGCGUUUGGUUUCGAGCAGCGCUUUUGCUGUCGCAGUUGCGAAGGCGUUGAUAAUUGGUGCGUAGUAGGGUUGCCAAAUUAAAAAAAAUCUAUUCACGUUAGUUUAUUCUUCUAUCGUAGCAGUACUCUAGCGCUCUAAAAUGGCUACUUUUGAGAUAGAGCACUUGCCAAACGAAGUUAUAUUAAAUAUAUUUUCCUAUCUGUCUCGAGUGGAUCUAUUGUGGGCAAGGCUCGUUUGCAAACGUUGGUUGCAUUUGGCGAGUUUGCCUGAGUUUUUGGUGCGAAAUCGUCUGAUAAUCACAAAGGAUAAUCUAUUUUCACUGUUAAGUCGGUUGGAGAAGCCCGAUGCGGCCAGUACCAUGAUAUAUCAAAACGUUCAUCUAUAUCAAUUGUACAGCUGUAAUUUUUUAGAUAAAAUACUAAACAAAAUAGGUUCACACAUAAUUAGUUUACGUCUAAACAACGCUGCAGUAUUUACCAAUAUUCAAGGGAAAUGUCCAAAGUUAAGAGAGUUGACAGUAGGAAACAUAAAUUGGAUGCCAGUAGGUGAGAACCGCAUUGCCAUGGAUUUAAAUAAUUUCGAAAGUUUAACAUCAAUCGAUUUACUCUGUGAUAAUCUAACGGAUCAGUUUAAAAUAUUAUUACUGCAACAACUGACAAAAGAGAAUACCCGCAUCAAAUUACAAAAGUUACAAGUUCGUUAUGUUAUUCAACCUGCGGAUUUAAUGACAAAUUUAGUUCGUAUGCAUGCAGAAACUCUUAGGCUAAUAAACUUUUACUUUCCAACGCAACCGGAAGGAGACUUAGAAGAAUGGUGUGAGAUUUUUGCAAAUUUGAAAAAAUUGGAUUCUAUCAUACUUUCGGGAAAUAGCUCAUCCGACUGGUUGUCGUGCGCUUUUGCAUUUAUACCAGACGAAGCACCGCUUAAACAAUUAUGCAUGAGUGGUCUAAUGCGAAUUAACCAUCCGCUUAUAUUGCUUAUUUUACGUAAAUGGAAGAACACACUCGAAAAUUUGGAACUCAUGUUCUGCACUUGUUUGAAUGAUGAAAGCAUGGGACUGUUAUGGAAUCUGAGAAACAAUUUACGAGUGCUAAAUGUUUCGUACUGCAGUUUCGUUUCACAAGAAGGUUUACUAAAAGGUAUUGCGAAAGAGUGCAAUACAAAACUACGUGGCCUGUAUCUAAAUGAUAACAGUGACCUAACUGGUGAGACUAUUAGUUUAUUAGCCGAACGUUUGCCGUAUCUGGAGGUAUUAAGCCUAGAGAAUUGUCGAAACAUUUCCAGAAAUAAGUCUAUUUCUUCGCUUUUUCAACAUUUGACACGUUUAAGAAAACUAGUACUCAACGAAUGCGCCAUCACAGACAGGCAGUUGUUGGGAAGAGCCAUAAAACCACAGUUUUCAAUAUUACGUCUACGUGGACUAGAAACAUUGAGCCUACGUGGAUGUCAAAUAACAAAUUAUGCACUAACGCAUGCUUUUAAAUUCAAAGAACUGCGCGUGUUGAAAUUGGGUUACUGCCAUAGGAUAUCAUCGCCUGGUAUUGCGCAUCUAGUCACUAAUUGCCCCAUGCUCGAAUCAUUGGAUUUAAAUAGUUGUGUAAGCAUCGACGAUGAGGCCAUUAUGCAUGUUGCCAAAGGUCUAAAGCGAUUACGUAAACUAAACAUAAAUAAUUGCAACAAAGUGACGAGCCGUGCCAUUGAUUACAUCAUAGAGCACUGCAAGAAUAUUAACGAACUGUGCAUAUCCGGUAUUAAUUCCCUAGAUGUAAAAGAGGAGACCCGUCGUCUGUUACGCGUUAGACCACAGCUGAAACUUUAGUACAAAUAAAUUUCUUAUAAGAAAACUAAGACUUAACAUUGCUUAAUGCAGCAAUAGUUUAUAUAUAAUAAAUUAGUUAAAAUCAAAUUAAAUUUUAGAUUAAAAACUUGUACCAAAAUUUGAAGAUGUGACGUUCGUAAAGCUUUUAAUAUUUUUGUGCAAUUUAUAAUUAAUUAAAUAUUUAAUAAGUAAUUUAUUCCUAAUGU